UGAAAUGUCGAAUGGGAUCCCGUAGUUGUUUGGGCCAAGAAAUGGCUGCUGCUAAACUUUCAGAAACAGUUUCUGUCUACGAUGAUGACGAAAAAUGGAAAAAAGAAUUAGAAAAGGCCGGUUUUAGUCAUAUCGAUGGCACAAGGCCAAUUUGUUACGACUGUGGGCUGAGACCAGUACUUGAUAAUGGAGACUCACCAUCGCAAAUACAUGCAGAGUUAUUUGGACAAUGCAAAUUUGCAAAAGAAAACAUUUUGGCAAGGACAGAAACAGAAAAGGCUGAAGCAGCACCAGACAAACAAAGAGUUGAGAGCGAGACUGUCCCACAUACGCCUGAAUCUGAAGGCACAUCACUAAAUGCACGAGGAGGUGAAAUAUUGAGAGCUGAAGCACUACUCGAUACAGAGAUAGGUGAAACUCCUGCAACUAUAGACGGAAGUGAGACACCGCUACAUACAUACACUAAUAGAAAUGAUUUGACACCAACAAAGGGACACAUAACAAAUAACUGCGACAAAGACAAUCAUAAAAUGGAUGAGACUGAAAUGAGGAUGGCACCGACGCCUCGGCAUGCAAUUUCUCAACAGAAGCCCAAUGAGAAGAGACAUAUUGUUGCGACUGAAUAUCGGAAGAAAGAACUGAAAGCCAAAACACAAUGUCUGUCCUGUUGUAAAAGCUUGAGAAAUCAUUCUAUGUAUACAUUCAAACCGUGUGGCCAUUUUUUUUGCUCAGAUUGUGCAUCUGAUCAAGUUGUGUGUAAAAUAUGUAAACAACCUUUUGAACAAAAAAAGAAAACCUAUUGGUCAUAACACUGAAUGUAUGAGAAGAAAAAGCAAAACAGGUAUGGAAGCUAAACAUUUCAAAAGAACAACUUUUGCGUUGUGAAUUCCACAUAUGAGUACACAUCAUGUGACGUACUGUAUAUUUAUGUAAAUGUGAUAAUCAGUAUUAAUCACAAUAAAAUGAUGCGUUAGUGAUAUUAUAUAUUUAAAGAUCAACUUGAAAAACAAGUAUAAUGUGAUAUUUAAAACGUUCAUUUUAUAAAUUUUGUAUUAGUUUAUCUAUGCAAAAAAUACGCGGGGUGAGCUAGUUUUAUCAACUGUCGUCUGGUCGUCGUCCUUCUGUCUUCUGUAUAAAUAGACACAAUUUCAGACGACCUCUUCUCCUAACCAGCUCCAGAAUUACAAUACGUUAAGGUAUAGGUCCAUAUUUCGGAGAAAAAAUAUUCGAACGUCAUCAAAUCAUAGAAAGAAAGCAUUGUUUUACAUGAAAUUAAAACAGCAUAUAAAACAUUUAUAUUAUUGUACAAAACCAUUGUCAAUCCGAUCUGGCCCCCUAAAUAGGAGGGCAUGACCUCCUCACGUACCUCAAAUUUUGGAGAAAAAUUCAGCACCGCACCCCCAAUGAACUGGGUCUGAUAUACAUACACUCUGUACCUUUAAAACGAUAACUGAACUCCCAAGCGACAUAGUUCUUUUCUUUCUUCUCUACUUCCUUCUUCCUUCCUUUUUUUUCUUACCUUCCAAAACUCUUUGCAUAAUAUUCGUAUUGAAUCCGACGUGAUUUUGAUUCGAAACAGGUUAAGUUCAUGUUUGUUUUUGACUAUAUAUAUCAUUGACAUUAUAUAUAAAAUUGUAUGUCAUAUAUAUGUUAUGCAAAGAAAAAUAAACGGGGUUACCCAGCUGGGGCCUCAAAAAAAACAAAAAAAAAAA